GGCUACGCCAUGAGUCAACAAAGGCGUAGGCCACAAAGACACAUCACACUUCCUGUUCCUGUGAUCUUCCGUCUAUGGAGUCACUGAGACCAGGUCAUUCAGACAUAGUAAUAGGCAAGCCUCGUGCUGGAAUAUCUUCUAGGGUUGCAUAGUGAUAUCAGGCUGCAGUUACGAUUCAUCUGACAACAGGGUGAAGUGCGAGUGGCUGAGGGUUGAGUGAAGGCGGGGCAACACUGCACUGACCCUGAGAUCCUCGCCUCUUACUGGAAUUACGCCUAAACUGCCUGCCUGCGCGCCUCAUCCAUCCCGUCACUCACCGACCAACCUUCCCAUUUCACUCCAUCUUCCCUACAUCCAUCCUCAACCAGCUACACUCGAAACACCCACCUAUCUCCCCAGAUCGACCGACCGACAAAGCCAGGACCUCUCAUCUUCCACGAUGCGUUCCAAAUUCAAAGACGAGCACCCCUUCGAGAAGCGCAAGGCAGAAGCCGAACGUAUUCGUCAGAAAUACGCCGACCGCAUCCCAGUCAUCUGCGAAAAGGUCGAGAAAUCCGACAUUGCUACUAUCGACAAGAAGAAGUACCUCGUCCCCGCCGAUCUGACCGUCGGUCAAUUCGUCUACGUUAUCCGCAAGCGCAUCAAGCUCAGCCCUGAGAAGGCCAUCUUCAUCUUCGUUGAUGAAGUCCUACCUCCCACAGCCGCUCUCAUGAGCAGCAUCUACGAAGAGCACAAAGAUGAGGAUGGUUUCCUAUACAUCACAUAUUCGGGCGAGAAUACCUUCGGUCAAUCUUGAGUGAGCAGACAUCGUGGAAAGUGUCUUUUGACGCGUUGAUGAAGUCAGCUAUGGUGUACUCAGCGGAAUGGGCAAGACCGACACUUGCUUUCUGCACAAUGGCGUUUGGACUACAGCUUUUCUUUCCAGUAUCGUGCAACAUAAAGCAAUCAGAAAUCAAGCCAAUCGAAGAGGCAGCGAGUCAGAGGCAGAGAUGCUUUGAGGUGCUGAUGGCCGUUGUGUUCAUGCUUGGCCCUUGAAACAGCAGAUUCAAAUUUUUACAUCCUCCUGCGCUUUCAGAGAUGUCUCCUGUGCUUUUGCAACUCAUGCCCUCAUGGAGCGAGGUUGGAUUGCCAUGAUGUCUCUGACUGCAAACUACUUGCUGCCUACUUUCGUGGCCAUGUCACCAGACGAACCUCUCAGCCUCAGCCCAGAAGAUGAGAUACCAGCACAUCACUUCAUCUCUGAAUGUACAGCAGCCGUUCCAUAGCUCAAAGCAUUGCCAAAUCCACGCAGAGACAUUUCUAAGCUGACAUCAAUUCAUUUCUGUUGCCUUGUAUGUGCUUGUAUCCAGUCGCUGUGAGCCCCCAUGCCUCCA